GUGGUGAUGGGUUUGGAAAAGUAGGGCCAAAGAAAAGUCUAGCGUAUUUUGCCCAUGCAGAGGAGCAAUUUAAGAGAUUUCUGAUUCCAGCGAAACGUCAAUUAAACGAUGAAAAAACGGUUUUAUAAUAAUUAUAGUUUUCCCAUACAUAACAAAAACCGAUGAAACAUUUGUCGACCAAGUCGACAUCGAUGAAACUCGCGGAGACCAAUGUUGCCCUCGAUAAGGCGGCAAAUUCGGCGUUGAAUGCAAGGAGAAUUGAAUUAAUCCCUUGCCUAGCACAAAAUAUAAAAUAUGUAAUUCUGCAGCUUACAAACAUUCCUAUCCUUGAUGCAUGUGGUUAAACAUUUGAUAGUACAAUCAAUUGCGUACCGGUGCGUUUUGUUAAGCUCAUUCUGUAUUUGUUUACAUUUUUCCAAAACGUCUCUUGCUGUCAAACUCACGUUUGUGCACGGUGCUGGACUAUUGCGCGAGCACGAACGUAUCGACAGUCUUCUUUUCCUGCAUAAAGCACAUAAACACAACUCAAAAUGAAUGAAGAAAUUUGCAAAAUCUGUGAAGUAAACAAAGCAAAGUACAACUGCCCGAGAUGCAAUCUGAUGUUCUGCUCCGUUCAGUGCUACAAAGCGCCAAAACACUUGGAAUGCUCGGAAGGCUUCUACCGAGAGAACAUCGUGGAGGAGCUAGCGCUUCGAAAAGCGGAAACAGAUGCUGCCGCCUCGAGCAAAACUAUGCUGGAAAUAUUACAGCGCGUAGAACAAACGGAUGCGCUGCAGGAUGAAGACUCAUCGGAAGAUGCCGAUUCUGUUCUGCAGGAGGACGAGGAGCAAGAGCUGGACUCGGACGACGAGGCACAGGAAGUACAGCUGGCAAGCAGAUUGAUGGGAAUCGAUCUGGACGAUUCCGCCGAAGUGUGGGACCGGUUAACCGAUGCGGAAAAGGAAGAGUUCCAACGGUUUCUCGAGAAUGGCGAUAUAGUAAAAAUGCUACCGGAGCCAAACAUUUGGUGGGCAAAACAGUACAAGGUGGAUCUCGUACAGGCAGCCGAGCAACCACAAUCACACCAGGAGCAAAGCAUGAUUAAAAAUUGUCCUAAAAUAGCGAACAACAUCCUUAACUUGAGCGAUAUGCUGAAAGACGCACCUUCCCCAACGGUGCGGCAUAACGUGGCCAAUGUGCUAGCGGCUUACACGUUCGUGUAUCGCUACUUCUUAGGCGACAUCCAUGAAAGUGCACUGGAAACAGUCGAUUGUUUGCUUGGUAUAUGCGUAAAUCUCAGCAAGAGCGUAAUUUUCGAUACAGACCUAAUGGCUGUAACCUCCGUUGCCAGUGAGUGCUGUAAUUCGCAGCUUCCAACGGACAGCGACACGUUGAGCGUGCUGAAAGCGGACGUCCAGAUGAUGUUUGCCGGCCCGAAAGGAUGUAGUAAAAAGUAUAGAAGAUUUUUCCUGCUGUCAGCUUUGUCGGACGUACGAGCACUGCUGACCAAAGCCAAACGUGAGCUGAAAGAAACAGAUCAGAAACCGAAGGAAAGCAGUGAAAAUGUAUCCUGCGACAAGGUUAGUUUAGACGUCGGAGACAUUAAACACGUCGAUGGCCCAUUACUGCGGAGCUGCGUGAAGAAGGUAGACUUUUAUCUAGCGUACGUUCGAUCUCCACACUGUCAGCUGUCGGAUUAAAGUAGUUACUUAUUAUGUAGAAAAAAAAAAACUCCCAGAGCUUGUUAUCAAAAUAUAAUACUUCUUUUAUUUUCAUCUUUCUUAUGAAAUCAUCUAUACUCAUCUUUUCUUACACGUAUAUACAAUGUCGCAUUGUACAAAGAAAAAAUCUGUUCCCUAUUGUGCUGGGGUGUCUUUGCUUCCGGCCGGGACACCAGCUAAGCAGAUAAAUGGAUAAACGUAUAAAAGUAAAACUGGUUCGAGUAUUAAACCUUUUUUCGACUCUCCCCGAUCAAAAGACUUCUCUGUACAUUUGUUAUCAGCCGCGCACCCUUAACUACUACCGGGGGUGCCGGCCGUAUGUGACAACAGAACGCGAUCGUCCUCUGCGAACGAUGCGUACGAAUAAGUUAAAAAACGAAAACGCACAACUACAAAAUAAAAAAAAAGAAAACAAA